GAUAUCCUACAUUUUGGACAUGACCACUCCCGGGCUAGACCUUUUGUUCGGCUAUUACGAGUUGACAACUCCGUCCCCAAACUCGUCCGCUAACCUGACAAUGGUACCACCUUCACCGUCAGCCUUAAAGAUUGCUUCUGAUGUCGUAAUAAAAACCACGCUUAUCAUCAUCAUGGCAGGCAUGGGCAGCACAAUAGAGAUCAAACCUCUUCUCCAGCACCUCAGGAGACCGGUUGGUAUCGCCAUCGGCAUGCUCUCUCAGUUCAUCGUACUUCCGGCGGUCACGUUUGGUCUUGCGCAUGCGCUGCAGAUGUCUACAUAUCCCGCGCUUGGAAUGCUGGUGAUUGGUUCGUGUCCUGGAGGUUCAACGUCAAAUGUGUUCUCCUAUUGGAUGGAUGGUGACGUCCCACUCAGUGUAGCGAUGACGGCAACGUCAACUGUCAUGGCGAUGGGGAUGAUGCCGCUGAAUCUGUUUAUCUACAGUCGGAGCUGGACUGACGAGGCUCUGGUCAUCCCCUACGUCAACAUCGCUAUCUCCUUCGUCAUGACCAUCACCCCGGCCGCCGUCGGGAUGUUCUUUCGCUGGAAAUGGCCAAAGGUGGCUGAUGUCAUAGUCAAGGUAUGA